AUGAAUGGAGCAGUUAAGGCUGCAAAUAAGAAUAUCAAGAAGAUCAUAAGGAAAAUAGUGGACAGUCACAGGAAAUGGCAUGAGAAGCUACCAUAUGCUUUACUUGGUUAUCGCACCACGAUCAGAACAUCAACUGGGGCAACUCCUUAUAUGUUGGUUUAUGGUUCGGAAGCAGUAAUACCUGUUGAGGUGGAAAUACCAUCUUUAAGGAUUAUCCAAGAGGUUGGUCUGGAUGAUGCAGAAUGGAUACGUAGCAGGCAUGAACAAUUGAUGCUCAUCGAUGAAAAGAGGAUGGACGCGGUUUGUCAUGGCCAACUCUAUCAAAAUAGAAUGACCAAAGCGUUCAACAAGAAAGUCAAACCUCGACGGUUCACACCUUGGCAAUUAGUAUUGAAGAAGAUCUUUCCUCACCAAGGAGAAGCCAAAGGGAAAUUUUCACCAAAUUGGCAAGGACCCUACAUAGUUCAUAGAGUACUCUCUGGAGGAGCGAUAAUCUUAGCAGAAAUGAACGGUAGUGUGAGCACAAAGCCAAUCAAUUCAGACGCCAUCAAGAAAUACUACAUCUGA